AUGCCCACAGAAAUGCAAUCGGGCUUGGAAUACUACCAGCUGUUUAUGUGGUUCCUUGACUUUGUUUCCUCUGGUUGGUUGUUCCUUGUGUCCGGCCAGUCCCUCGACCUCCUGACAGCCGAUGGAAAGAAGAAAGGUACCAGAGGUCCAAAAGGUUCGAAGGAGGACCACCAUGCACACCCUUUAUUGCAUGGAGCAUGGGCGUAUGCCCAAAUGCGGGGCCACCCAGAUGAAGCAGAGACACUUGAGAUGCAUGAUCCGUUCUUUUGGAACGACAGUCAAUGGCAAGAAGACCAGGAUGUAAUGAUUGAGGCAACUCAGCACUAUGAGCCUGAACAAGGGGGAGACAACGACGAUGAAGGGAAUGAAGAACCUGAAGAGAAGAAUGGAGAAGAUCCUCCGAAGAAGACAAAAGAACCAAAGAAGAAGACAACGAAGGUUGAAGAAGAGAAGGAGGCCGAAGAGGUGUCAAUGAAGGAGGAGGAUGACAAGGAAGAGGAUGAGGAGGAGGAUGAAGACGAAGUGAGCAAAAUGCGGAAGGAAAAGCGCAAACAGUACUGGGAACGCUUUAAGAGCAAGAAGAAUCAGGCCGACGCUGAGGAGGAAAGCGCAAAAAAAGCAAAGAAGAAUGCUGAAGCGAUUGAGGCUGCAAAGGUUGUUGGAGCUGUGGCCCUCCAGACGAAGGAGGAUGUGAAGAAGCGAAAGAAAGAAGGUGAGGUCGGAGCGAAGGACAACAAUGAAAAGAAAGGGAAUGAGGAGAUGAAGAAGCGAAAGACGAAAGCGCCCCAGGAAUCUAAAGAGGAGGUUGAGAAGAAGGAAGGGGAAACUGCGAUUAUGUUGCAAAGCAGUGAUGAGGAAGCAGCAGCCACCAUGGAUGACCGUGGGAGACCUCUGAUCCCAAAUGAAGCUGAGGCAAGUGAGGAACAAAAGAAAAAGACUGAGGUGAUCAUGGCAUCCCUGGGCAACAUCCACAAAACCCUCAGCUGGACCACAAACGAUGACAUAGUGGCAGCGCAAAGAAAGAUGAAAAAGGUGAAGCUAGCAGAGGAGGAAGAAGGUGAGGGCUCAGGCGAUGACGAUGACAAGAUGCUUCGUGAAGCCGAAGAGGAAUCAGAGGAGAAAAAGAAAAGCAAAGGGCGAGGACGAGGAAGGGGCAGAGGAAGAGGAAAGGCAAAGAAAGAUGUUGAAAAAGGUGAUGAUGAAGCACAGGAGCAAGGACAUGAUCAAGAAAGGGAGAGGACUCCGGCCGAAGCAAAAGAAAAAGGGAGGAAGAAGGGCACAGGAAAAGGUGCAGAUGACAAAGAGGACACCUUCGAACGCAAGACUGGAGGCACCAAAGGAAAAAAACAGCAAAAAAGUGAAGCGCAGGAGACCAAGGAAAGCCCGAUGAAGUUGUCCUACAAGGCUGCCAAGCGGGUGGUAGAGCAAAAGAAGGCAAGGGAUGGUUCUGACAAAGUGAAGAGGAAAUUGAACUUUGAGCAGGUGAGCGAUGAAAAGCCUGAAGUGGAGAGAGAGGAGGAUGGAAAGAAGGACAAAUCCCUUGAAGAUCUUUCCAAGCUGGUUGCUACGCGCGACGUGACCUUUGGUUGCCCACAGGAUGUUGUUGGGGCACUCGUGGCGUUUGAAGCGGGAGAGCCGGUACACUAUCCGCGGAAGCUGCACACUCGGACCUUCUUCGUCAACAAUGUUCCCAAAGAGCGUGUGAUCAACAUGAACCGUGUGCUGUGGAUCUUGGCCAAGAAGUUGGCUGGGUGGCUCCACUUUGAGGUGGAGGAAGAAUGCGACAGGUGUGGGAACUCCAAGCAGCUUCGGAAAUCCCAAGUGUACCCAUUGGGCUAUGGCCGCGCCAUUCGACGACUGCACAUGCAGUGGAUGGUCCCCUGGUAA